GCCGUUGAGUUUGCUAAUAUGGCGGAUCGGCGGAUGUAUUGUUAAAAACACAAAUUAAAUUGUGCACUGCGAAGCAUCAUUUCUGUGUCAUUAUACGUCCUCAACUCUCAAAAUUAACGCAUUCUAGGCUGGCUCGGCAUCGCGCCAAUUAAUACUGAAAAUUUGAAGGUCUUGAACUACCCGUUUUUUCCUGAGAAGUUCAAUUCGAUCGUUCAGCUCUGCAAACUACUCUCAAUCGAAAAUUUGACUGCAACUGAAGAUUUUGCUGCAUCCGACAGAACUUUCACGGUUUGUUUUGAAAGGAGGAACUUUUUGAAAAUUCUUUUUGAAAAGCAAGCAAAAAGAUGACGGACGCCGGAUUUUUUCGGGGAACCUCUGCUGAGCAAGACAAUCGAUUUAGUGACAAGGAAAAAAAACUUCUAAAGCAAAUGAAAUUCGCAGACCACCUAAGCAAGAGAGUGGACAUUCUCAAAGUGAAAAUUGACGUCAUCAAACCGUGGAUCACACAACGGAUCACAGAACUCCUUGGUAUGGAGGAUGAUGUUGUGGUGGAGUUUGUUUUCAAUCAACUUGAAGAUGAAAAAAAUCCUGAUCCAAAGAAGAUGCAGAUUCUGUUGACGGGUUUUCUAAAUGGUAAAAAUGCUAGAAUAUUCAUGUCUGAGCUUUGGGAGCUAUUGCUGUCUGCUCAAGAAAGUGUCAGUGGCAUUCCGGAAAAGUUCCUGGAACUAAAAAAGGAGGAGUUAAAGAAAAAAGUGGAGGAGCAAGAAAAGAUCCAUGAAACAAUUAAAAUGCAAUUAGCGGAAAAAGAGAGACAAAGAGAUGAUGCCCGAAAAGAAACAGGCCACGAUAGAGCGGGUCGGUCCAGGAGCAGGUCAAAGGGUAGAUCUCGAAAUUCACGGAGCAGAUCAAGAGAAAAGAAGAGGUCAAGAAGCAGGUCGAGAGAAAAGAGGAAAUCAAGAAGUAGGUCCAGAGGCAGAGAUCGUGGGAGCACGCAAGGACGAAGCAAAAGGUUCUCUCGCAGCUCCUCGAAGGAACCUCUCAAGACACAAAACCAAGGCGAAGUUUCGGAAAGCUCAAAAAAUAAAAAGAAUUUGCCUGAAAAGGAUGAUACCACCAGUGAGCAAGCUAAAGACAGAACAAAUGAUGUAAAAAUCAAGGAAGAGACCAAGAGCACUGAAGCCGCAAAAGAUGGUGACGUUCAGAUUCAGAAAUCGGAGCACAGUGUUCAGCGAAAGCGGCAGUACCGCAGGAACCGGGAUUCAAGUUCCGGCUCAGAUCAACCGACUUGGAAAAAAUCAAGAUCUCGAAGUCCUGAUCGUCGUUAUCGUGGUCGCAUGCAAAGACGUCAUGAUGGACCUCAUUCCAGAAACCGAGACCGUGAAAGGGAUUAUGGCAGGCAAGACUCGCGAAGGCAAUUGCGAACUCCGCCUCGCCAGUCUCGUAACAGUCGACGGUCCAUAAGCCCGAAACACAGAGAUCGUGAUUCCUAUAGUGAUAGGAAGCAACAUGAUUCUCGACACGAGAGACGUAAUUCCACUGAGCCUAAUACGUCCAGAGAUAAAAGAAGAGAAAGGUCAAGGGAAAGGAAGCGGAGUCCAUCACAAGACUCUCCUAGGGCUACUAAACGGGCCGGAGACACGGACUCUUCUGAUCAUAAUGGUGUGACAAAGCAAGAGCCAAAGAGAAGCAAGUCUCCUGAAAAAAGAUCAGAUGGAUCCGAAGGUGCACCUCCAAAGUCCAGAAAUAGGAGUUCGUCGGAAUCUUCAGCAAAAUGUGACAGCAAGUCACCUUCGCCUAAACGUAGAUUGGCCAGCUCAAGUCCAGAGAAAGGCUCCCCAAAACCCACGGAAGACAAGCAGUACAGUUCCGACUCGGAUUUUGAGAACGAGGCCCAAGUGAGCGGAUCGGAGGGCCACGAGUCCGAGAAAAAGAGGAAGAAACACAAGAAGGAGAAGAAGCAGAAAAAAAGCAAAAGGAGUAAGAAAGAAAAAAAGAAAGAGAAGGGAGAGAAGGUAUCAAGCGGUGAAGAUUUGGAGAAGCAGCUGCGAGAGAGGGCACUAAAAUCGAUGAAGAAGGGUCACGACGACAACUGACGUACUUGCGGAACAAUUUUUAACAAACAUGAACUGCAAUAAAAAUGGUUUCCUCAAUCAGUCUGUAGCUUAAAUAAAACUAUAAUUCACUGCAUUUAAUUUUAUCUG